AUGAACUGGGGGUGGUGUACUGGGAGCAGGGGCGGCUCCUGGGAGGUCGUUACUGGUCCAGACUGGUCCAGUGGCCGCCAGCAGCCGGGACAGCCCCGUGCACCUCUGGGACGCCUUCGAUGGGAGCCUGAGGGGCUCAUUCCGUGCCCACAACCACCUGGACGAGCCCGUGGCCCCGCACUCCUUGGCCUUCGCCCCCGAUGGCUCCCGGCUCCUGGGCGGCUUCGACGGCGCCGUCCGAGAGUUCCCGACCGAGCGCCCGGGCGGGGCGGCCUCCAGAGGAGCCUGAGCCAGGGCGGGCAUGGCCAGCGAGGCCUGAUUGGCUGCCUGGCCUUCAGCCCCAGCCAAUCCCUCUUCGCCUGUGGCUCCUAUGGGCGGAGCCUGGGGCUGUACCCGCUGGAAGGGGGCGGGGCCGUGGCGCUCUGGCCCCGCCUCCCGGCCGCGCCCACUCACCUGCGCUUCAGCCCCUGCGGGACUCACCUGUACGCCGGCGGGAGGAAGGACCGCCACAUCCUCUGCUGGGACCUUCGUGUCCCCGAGCGUCCCCUCCUGGCGCUGCCGCGGCACGUGGCCACCAACCAGCGCGUGACCUUUGACCUCGACCCGUCGGGGCGGUUCCUGGUCGGGGGUGACACCGAUGGCUUUGUCACCGUCUGGGACACGCUGGCCCCGCCCAGCCCGGGGGACCCCCCGAGCUGCCCCCCUGCUCCGCUUCCGCGCCCUCCGCGACUGCGUCAACGGCACCAGCCUGCACCCCGCGCUGCCGCUCCUGCCACGGCCUCGGGCCGCCUGUUCCCGGCGCCGUGGGACAGCGACGGUGACAGCGAGGGGACACAGGAGGGGCCGGCCCCGGGAGGGGACAUCCGGCUGCAGCUCUGGUGGUGGGGACACGAGGACACCCCUGGGGACACCCCUGGGGACAGCGGGACAGGCCAUUGUCACCUGCCUGGGGACACCGAGUGCCACACCCCUGGGAACCCUGGGAUUGGAGAUUGUGGGGGCGUGGCCAGACCUGCCCCGCCCCCACACCCCACACCCCCCCCUGGCCACGCCCACCCACGAGGCCCCUCCCCCGCUCCAAACCACGCCUUUCACUCCGAAAAGCCACGCCCCCUUUGA